CGUCGCGGGCAAAUCGACCACACGGCGACAAUGCACAUUGAGAUCACCCCGGCACGAAUCGCGAGCCUCGCCCAGCCAGAGUCGAGUCUUCGGGACGACAUCGUCCAUCUUCUCCAGGCGCUCGUGCCUGGAUGGGCGCAGGAGACUGCGAUCUCCAUCUCGCAGCUGCACGGCGGCCAAUCCAACACGAUGUUUGCCUGCUCGAUAGCCACAAGCACGGUCAUCCUUCGCGUGUAUGGCCACGGCCUCGACGCGUUCAUGCACCGUGACGAAGAGCUCUUCAUCUACCGUGCGCUUUCCCAGCAGCACCUUGGCCUCGGGCUCGUCGGGACCUUUGAGAAUGGUCGCAUCGAGACCUUUAUUGCCGGCCGACCGCUAACUGCGACGGACCUUCGAGUGCCCGCGAUUUUUACAAAGGUCGCGCGCCGCUUUCGCGUCUUUCACGGUGUCGACCUUGCAAUCGACCGGGCUCCACGGCUGCUUGACACGAUUGACGAGUGGCUACGUCUGGCUCAGAGCGUCGUGACGCCGGCACUCGUGGACUUUGACGCGUGGGCGCUCGGGUGGACGCGCUUAAAGGACCUCCUGCGGUCCGUGCCGUCGCCGAUCGUGUUUUGCCACAACGACCUCAACUGCAGCAACAUCAUGCUCUCGAGCAAGACGGACGAUGUGGUCUUUAUCGAUUUCGAGUACAGCCACUACAACCCGCGCGGCUUUGACAUUGGCAACCACUUUACCGAGUGGUGCUACUUCAUGCACGGCCCGCCGGACGAAGUCGGCGACGUGGCCAUGUACCCGAGCGAGGCCGACCAGCGAGCGUUCUGCGCCGCAUACUUGGAGAGCGCAGACGACAUGGCCAUCGAAGCACUGCGACUCGAAGCCAAUGUCUAUGCACUGGCGUCGCACCUCUACUGGGCGACAUGGGCCAUCGUGCAGUCGCCCAAGUCCUCGCCGGCCUUCGACUACUUUGCGUACGGCGUGGGUCGCUGGCACCUCUUUCAAGCGCAAGAAACACGGUGUAUGCGGCUGUGCGUGCCUCCAUCUCGGCGUCCAAAUAGGCGUCGUUGCUACAAAUUGUAGUGGGAUGCAAUCAUCUUUUACCUAAUGCACGAGAUUCCCG